UUUAACUGUCAUUAGAAUUUAACGGUUUAGAUUUUGUUUGAAUAUCGGCGAAGUUUAAUAAUCUGUGAGUUUGUGUUUUCUGUUAAAAAUUGAGUGUUGAAAAAAAUAAAAGUGAAUAUGAAUGAAAAAGACAGUGUAAAAAGAAGGUUAGUUAGCAGAAAAAAGGCGCCUGAGGUGAAACAAACAUUAACAAGUUAUAGAAGACUUCUUAACGCAAAUCCAAUUUUGCAAUAUCAAAUUGAAGGUAAACCUUUACCUGUAAUUAAAUCUAAAGAGCCAGAAAACUUGCCGCAAACCAUUAAUUGCAGUAAAAACUUCAAUAAUGUAUCCAAAGUAUCCAAUUAUUCAAUUAAAAAAGACACUUUUAAAAAACCCAUAAUCAAUCCAAAAAUAGAACCCAGUAAUACCAAGAGCACAGUCAAAAAUAGAUACCCAAAUUAUUUAAAAUUUUCAUCAAAUUUACAAAAGAAGAACAAUGUGCAACAAUGGUCAAUGACUAAUAACAAGCGUAGAUCUAAAUCAGUAGAAAACUUGACUUCACAGUCAUUGAAAAAUAUAAAUAUUAAAAGCACUACAUUUGAAACAGAAAAAAAAACGUCCAAUGUCAAUUUACAACAAUCUAUAACCACUAGUAAAAAGCGUUUAUCUAAAUCAGCAGAAAACAUAAAUAAUGAUGAAAGCAUUGUUUUUAAAACGCCUUCUGCAUACGAAAGAAGAAGCCUAGCAUGUAAAACUCCCAUGUCAACUAACAGAAAGUCACUAUUUAAUCAUUGUUCAACACCGAGACUACCAACCCAUGCUGAGCUACAGGAAAGGCUGAACAAAUGGUUAUUAAAACGGGGCAAAAGUCUCAGCACUUACACUCAUCUUAAAUGUUUUGGAUCCCAUGGGCAAAAGAAGGGUGAACAAAUCGAUGAGGAGAAUAAGGAAAAUAUUGAAGUUAAAGAUGAGGGAAGCUACGAGGAUUUGUUGAUUAUAUCUAAAGAGGAAACUGUCAGUGAGCAUGAAAGUGAAGAACUUGCAAAAACAGCUUUGUUGGAUCUACAUCAACUUAUUUUGGAGGGGUACAAUUUAAAUCAGUGUGAGUGUUGGUUACAAGUUAUUAAACAAAAAUACACAAAUCUGGACAAGGAUCCUCAAUAUUGGGAGUGUAGGGCAGCUAUAGAGGAAGCUAGAGGAAAUAUUAGUCAGGCAGUUGAAUAUUUUCAAAAUGCCAUUGUUACUGGAGCAGAUGUCAAAUCUGUGGAUCAAUCUUUGGACCAACUUUUGGAAAAGUUUAGUUUGUUAGAUAUUAACACUGGCAUAACAGAAGAGAAAAAAAUGAGGGGUCAUUCUAGAAUAGUACAAGAUGCUAGAAACAUUUUUAAAUCUUCCAUAAUAAAAUUUGCUAUUCAAGAAAAAUCAUUGCAACAAAGGAAAAAUGAAACUGACAAAAAACUUGUGGUGACUCCUGUUAGAAGAAGUACAAGACUUUCACGAUCGAACUAUGUCUCAACCCCAGGAGUGCAGCUAUAUUCAUCACUAAGAGAAAUCAGUGAUGAUGUUAGUUUCCAAAGCAACAAUGCAUUAUGUUAGGUUAAAAUAACGAAAAUAUUUAUUUAAAUGUUUAAGAUGGCAAAGAGCCAAUGUUUAUAUUUUUUAUAAUUUAGAAUUAAUGUGAUCCAAAUUUUCAGUCUUAAAAAUGGAUUUAUUUUUGUUAAAUGGUUUAAUAUACAGUGUGACUAUAGUCACUUAAGU